AAGGGGCGUGGCGGUCGCACCUGCGCGAGUUGGGGGAAGGAGGAGGGGCGAGGUGACGCAGGCGUAAUAAUAGAGAAGGUGCCAGAAAGAUCCAAAACAAGUGGCUGCGGCCGUAGCCCGGGAGUCGUGAGACGCCAGAACCUGGUGAGGAUCCAGAGAGGCUUGAGAGCGACUGGUGGCGGGCCCAGGUUCUGAGCUUGUGCCGCCCCCCUCCCCCGGGUAUGGCGCUGUCCGGGUUGACCCCGGCCCCGAGCUGGGAGGAGGAUGAAUGUCUGGACUACUACGGGAUGCUGUCGCUUCACCGCAUGUUCGAGGUGGUGGGCGGACAGCUGACCGAGUGCGAGCUGGAGCUGCUGGCCUUCCUGCUCGACGAGGCUCCCGGCGCGGCCGGCGGUCUGGCCCGCGCCCGAAGCGGCCUGGAGCUGCUGCUGGAGCUGGAGCGCCGCGGGCAGUGUGACGAGAGCAACCUUCGGCUGCUGGGGCAACUCCUGCGCGUGCUGGCGCGCCACGACCUGCUGCCGCACCUGGCGCGCAAGCGGCGCCGUCCAGUGUCUCCGGAACGUUACAACUACGGCACCUCCAGCUCUUCCUCAAAAAGGACAGAAGGCGGCCGUCGUCGCCGUCGCCAGUCAAGCAGUACCUCAAACGCCCAGCAGGGUCAGUGGGAGACAGGUUCCCCACCGACCAAGCGGCAGCGGCGGAGCCGGGGCCGGCCCAGCGGUGGUGCCAGGCGGCGGCGGAGAGGGACCCCGGCCACCCUCCCGCAGCAGCAGGAGCCAGCCAGACCUGCCUCAGAAGGCAAAGUGACCUGUGACAUCCGGCUCAGAGUGCGAGCAGAGUACUGUGAGCACGGGCCCGCCUUGGAGCAGGGCGUGGCAUCCCGGCGACCCCAGGCGCUGGCCCGGCAGCUGGACGUGUUUGGGCAGGCCACUGCAGUGCUGCGCUCCCGGGACCUGGGCUCCGUGGUGUGUGACAUCAAGUUCUCGGAGCUCUCCUAUCUGGACGCCUUCUGGGGCGAUUACCUGAGUGGCGCCCUGCUGCAGGCCCUGCGGGGCGUGUUCCUGACUGAGGCCCUUCGUGAGGCCGUGGGCCGGGAGGCUGUCCGCCUGCUGGUCAGUGUGGAUGAGGCCGACUACGAGGCUGGCCGGCGCCGCCUGCUGCUGAUGGAGGAGGAGGGGGGACGGCGCCCGACUGAGGCCUCCUGAUCCUGGACCUGGCAGGACUGAACCCACCUCCUAGCCUCUGGGCCACUUUCUCCCCCGGAGGACAUCCAUCUCUGCCCCUAGAGGACUAUCACUGCAGCAGCUCUGAGGACUGGGACAGGUGGCCUGGCCCCUUUACAGCCUCUCCCACAGGAUGUGGGCUUUGAGGCCUGAACCACUUCCACCUGAGUUUUCUUCCCCGCCUUCCCCCAGCCCUACCCCCAGGUGUGUUCUCUCAGCUUCAGGAGGCGGGGGGCACAGGCAUGCAGAUCGGAAAGGGAGGGAGGCAGGCAUACCUACACAGUCACCAAAGGCCCCCUGCACACCGUGUCCCUGACCCUGGGCUUUGUGCACACGUGCUCACUGCCCCCUCUGGAAUCUCCCCUGGCUGCCCUGGCCUGCUCCGUACAUGUCUUUGGCCUAAGGGCUUCUCUCUCAGGAUCUCUGAUUUUACUGCUCCCAACCCUGGACGCCAGCUACUCUGGGCUCUGGGGUUAGGGUGCACAUGGGGCCUGCUCACCUUGCCCUCACAUCUCUACAGCCAGCCAGGGCUCUGCCCAGCUUCCAUACACAGACCUGGCUCUCCACAUUCUCCUGCUCCCCAGAGUUGGCCGCAGACUGGCAUGUGGACCUACGCCUGGCGUGUCACACCGCAGUGCAGCAGCAUUAGACCAAGUGUGUUGUUGCCCAUGGGGCCAGGAUCAGAAGUCAUCUUCCUUCUCAGAAAGGGAAGGCAAAGGCUUGGGGCUGAUGGGAAAGGCCUUUUACAAAUGGCGCCAAUAAAACUGCCCUGGAUUGGGGCUUAGGGUGGGCAUCGAGGCUCCCUAGGACUCUUUCUUUAUGGGUGGAGGAAGGAGCUGAUGAGGGCCUGGGCCUAGUACCCAUCCUGGAGUUUCUGGCCCAGUAUCAGGCUAGAGGAAGCAGGAUACUGGAGUAUCCUCUGCCGCCAUAGGCUUGCCCUCCUCCUAUCCUCGGUUUCCUCAUCUGUCAAAGGAAAUACUGCCUUGGGGUCAUAACCUGUCCCAAUCUUGUUUGCGCACACUCGGCUGUUGUGUGUUCCUGGGAGCACUAGGGUGGUGUCAUUCACUGAGGUGGGCUAGCUAUUUAGCCCAAAGCUUUGGAAAGCAAAUGGA